AUGAAGGCCAAAGGACGAUACGACUAUGAAGGCUAUAGACAGAAGAAACUUCGCGAAGCAGCUAAAAGAAGGGCAAGUCUGAAAGCUGGACGACAUUCGUCGUUACAGCAUAUACCCUCUGUUCUCAAGGACAACGCAGGUGUCAGGACAACUAACCGCCCACGGAUGAACGAGAUAUGUACAAAGUUCUACAACGAUUUGUACUCCUCAAAGGUGGUUGUUGCAAGAACCUAUCGAAACGUUGCAGAAGAACCGAUCCCAGAAGUAAUGUGGGAAGAAGUGGAGAACGCAGUGAAACAAAUAAAGGCUGGGAAAAGCCCUGGCUGCGACAACAUUCGUCCCAAACACCUAAAAGCAGGCGGACUAACGCCUUUAAAGCGCUGGCAGAGCGUUUCAGCAGAUACUGCAGUGAAA